ACGGCACUGGAACAAUCCCAGUGCUUGGAGCAUCUGGUCUCAUGCGGUACUGCACAGGUUCUGAGUCAUGACGUAUUUACUGACAACGCCGUGCGAGUUUUCGCACGAGCGCACGAGCAGCUCGGUAAUGUACCUCUUGGUCAGAUAAACCUCCCCUUGCACCUCUGUCACUGCGCCUAUUAGUUCUUUUCUCUCGGCUACCGGAAUCAUCGGACCUGUCCGUUUGGAGAGCGCAAUUCAAUUGGGAUUUUUCACCUUUCCUGGCAGAUUUGGAAAAGUUUUCAGAAACACUGUUUCAUUAUGGGGCGAGCCUGUCACCGAGAGCUCGCGCUCCUGCCGCUGCUGGGAUGCUUGGCUUGCCUGACGCGCGCGGACGUCUCUCCAUUAGGACGUGUGUUUUUACUGGAGUUGGAGAGUUUUCCAAAAGGUGGACAGGAGAAAGGGUUCGAGGCAGCAACACAUGCCUGUAUGGCCCAAGGGGCCCAGGUGGCAUCCGGGGCCCACCUGCAUCAUGCAGUGUUGGAAUGUGCCUUCUCAGCCUGCUCGCGUGGUUGGCUCGCCGGACCGAGUGUUGGGACUACAGUGUGCAGCGGCGUCCCGGGGAGUUUGAGGCCAGUUGAUGUGCAGUUGGAGAAUUUAACUGCGGACACUGAGAGACUGGGCGUGUUCUGCGUGAAAGAUAGCGAUGCUCCAUGUGGGCAGCCACCUUCAUUCCCACACUCACAUCUGCAGGGGAAAACUGGUCUGGACCUCGGGGAUGAACUUCUGUAUAGCUGUGACCCAGGAUACAAACUUCCCAAUGGAGAUAUGGGCUUCAGCCUGCUUUGCGACAGUUGUGGAGAAUGGUAUGGCCUGGUGCAGCAUUGCGUGAAAGAUGAUUCUGAAGGCCACAUCGACUAUGAAGAUAAGUUCACAGAUGGCCAUCUCCUUGAGAAUCCGAGGGAGGAGCAUCAUAUUUCUUUGAAUCCAGGAGGAACGCAGUCCACUGUUCAUGAAGUAGAAGAAUCCUCUCCUGAGCCUGAGCCAGAGCCUGAGCGGACAGUCAUGUCUGAGGAGGAGAAGGAGAAUGAUGGAGAUUCAACUAUAUCAGUCUCUGAACCUCCAGUGUCUCAACUCAGUCAGAAGCACAUGUUCUGGUUCCCUUCAGAGGCCUUCCAGGAAGAGAAGGAGCAGCCGGGUAUCUCCACUGAUUUCUCCUCUGUUAAAAACCCCAAUGAAGAUGAGAGUCACAUGACGGUCAAAACAACCAACAGCCAGUCUGGUCCUGACAUUAUCGCAGAGGAAAGUGACUAUACGACAGAUCCUCCCACCGAUGAACCUACCAGUCCCAGUGCCGGCGGCUCAGACGAGUCCUGGCUAGAUGGAUACCCUGUUACUCAGGAUGAAGAUAAAGCUGGAGGUGAGUCCACAGGGGAGGCAGGGCCAGAACAAGGUGCAGAGUCAGAAACAGAGACCUUGCCUGGCCACUCGGAAGUUGAGGUGUUUGAGGAUGUAACCAAAAACCCAGUGGAAGAAGAGACCGGGGGUUUGAUUGACAACCCUGAGGAGGACGAAGAUGGAGAAAUAAAAACUCCUGAGGACACAAUCCACAUGAAAGGAGACGAGGAGGAGCUCGGUAAAGGGACAAUCAGACUUGAAAAGGAAGAGUCUGUUGUAACACCUUAUGAGGAAACAAUUGAAGGACUUUCAGAAGAUGAAAUGGUGAAAGAAACGUACACACCAGAGAAAACAGACUCUGAUGGAUCCAAAACAUUGGGGUUUGAUGGUGUUACUGACAGUCCAAAUGGCGUGGAGGUGAAGCCCACCACCUUCAUUACUCAGAUUACACCCAGUCCAGAUGAUACUGCUGUACACAAGCGGCCCAUGUCGUACACACCGGCUUCCGCUCCUGAAAACGUGAGCACCAGUCAAGGCGGCUUGGGCCCUGAGAACACAUCCACGCCUUCUGGGAUGGUACAUCUGGAUGGUCCACCUGAUUAUAUCACCAGCAUGCUAACACCCGUCAUCAAGGAUCCAUGGGAAACCUUCGAUGACCACUUGCUGGAGCACAUCCCUGGUCACGUCCCAACUGAAAACCCUGAAAAUCGGAGCGUGAUGGAAAGAGGUGGAGAUCACAGCCUUGAUCAACAGGAGCGGGCUGGAGAGGGUGCUUGUGCAGAAGACCCCUGUCACGGUUCAGGCCGUGGGCCCAUGAUCGCAGCCAUUAUCGUUGGCAUCGUAGCAGCGGUGAUGGGUGUGGUCUUGGGGGUGUGGUGUUAUAAAAAGAGGCAACAAAAGAGCUCUCACUACCAGCUCAAUGGAACUAACAGGCAAACGCAGUGCAUUGAAUUACAACAGACUGUGUGAAAGUCACACAGAUCCUCAUAAAGCCACACAGCUUACUCAGUCAUCCAUACAAAGCCAUUUAUGUGUGAACAUUACAGUCUACGUC